AUGGUCUCUUCAAGCAGCGUCACCGCAUCUUUGAACUCCUGCGAGCCCUCAGAAAUUGUUCCGGGUACCAAGAGCAGACCCAUACAGGACAGCAUGGAGAAACAUGCCGUCUAUAUACCAGAUCUGUUUUCCUCGAUCAUGUCUGUCAAACCAUUUGUGAACCCAAACUACGAUGAUGUGAAGGUUAAGGCAGAUUUAUGGAUAACAAAGAUCAUGCAUGCCGAUGAGAAGUGGGCUGCGAAGAAUUCGAAGGCCUAUUAUGCUUCCUGGCAUCAGCUUGGGCACCACAUUGUAUUCCUGUUUGAUGACCAGUUUGAUGAAGGCCAUCUCUGCAGUGAUUCCGUUGCAGGACAGGAAGAAAUCAACAAGAUACUGGCAGUUAUGGAAGACACCGAACCUCCGGUUCAGGCAGAGGAAGACCCCAUGCGAUACAGAGAGCUUCUCCAGGUUUACCUGAAACAACGAUUGAAGAACACGCACCGAGAAUAUUUCGACGGGCUGCUCAACCAGGUUCAAAUCAAGCAUGAGCAGUGUGGCCUGGCCCGUGAUCUGCAAGAAUCCAUGGAGGUGCGAAGGAAAACUAUUGGCGCAUUUCCUGUUAUUGCAUUGACCAAAUAUGCCCUCGGAAUCGACCUCUCGCAGGAGAUUGUCGAGGGAGAGCAAGUUCGCGAGACGCGGUUGUUAAUUCUGUGA